AUGGAUGACCAGCUGCCAAGUAUUUCUACGAUACGCGUAAAUCAGCACUCGACGAUCCCACCACAGCUCCGUAUCAAGAACAGACGUAAGCGCUAUCUUGAGCGACAUCCCGACUACUUUGAUUUUUCGCUGGAACUUGCAAAUCCUCUUCUCUACGACCGACUAAUUCGUCGCUUCCAGACACCCACGGAGCGCGAAAUUGAAUCUCGACAGAAAGGAUAUGCCGGCUCAUUAGAGGCAGAUUUGCUUCGGUCCGAGGCCAAGCUCGAGGAUGUCCAUCAGCAUGCUGACGAUAUUUCCUAUUCCUACACACAAACAACAAACGGCGAAAUCAUACAUGUCUCGAAUGAGGACGCAGGCGAACAGCUGACCAAGGACGAAGCGCAGAGGCGUUGGGUAGACGCCAUGACAGAGCGCUUUGUGGCUGGCAAGGAUGAUGAUUUCGAUUACAGCGCUGUCGAUGAGAGUGAGGAAUAUGAUGAUCGGCAGACGGAGGAGAGGGAGUUACAGGAAGAGUGGUUUGAUGAAGAGCAGCCUGAUUCUUCGCCGAGGGAGGGCGAGCAGAAGACAUGUUUGGAUGGUGAGACUGGUAUUCAGGAUUUCUGA